AUGGCCAGCAUGCGACUACGGGCACGACCUGUAGUCGCAUGCUGUAGUCGCAUCUCACCCCCUCUCACCCAGACAGAAGUACUAUGGCCAGCAUGCGACUACGGGCACGACCUGUUCGGACCUGAGCCACUGGAGUGUAACGAGAACAACUUUGGAGGAGAGGUGAACACGUGCGUGAGACCUACUGUGGACUGCGUCAUCCCCAUCAUCGGAAAUGGACACGUGCGGAAUGAAGGGCAGGACUUCAAAGAAGGAGACUCCUACCCGAUAGUGUGUGACCGGGGCUACUACAACACUUACACCUACAUCAACUGUGUGGUCGGACCUUCAACAUACGACCCGUACAGCGUGCCGGACUGUUUGAGGCCCGUGUGGGGGUGUCCUAAAGUUGGUUUCCCUCUAAUGAAACCCCUGUUAGAAGAACCAGAGAGAGGGGACAGUGUGGAAGUAGAGUGUAUUGAGGGGUACACCUUAGUGGGAGAUAGCACACUAACCUGCGGUACCAAGUACGAUUACACUGCUAGACGACUUCCUGAGUGCGUUCCUAUUGCCGGCUGCGAGGCUCCAACCAUAGAGAACGGGGAGUUGAACACGACACUGUCUCACUUGGAGUGCGGUGAGAGGGUAGAAGUACACUGUAACACUGGCUUCUCUCUGUAUGGAGACUACCUCAUAACGUGUGAGAAGGGGACCUGGUCCGGGAUUGUCACUCCAGGAUGCCGCCCCGAGGAAGGUAAGUUAUAUUCACAUUAUUACGUGUGA